AUGCUCAUCCAAGCCUCGCUCAAGCGGUUUGUGCGGUACGUCUCGGUUGCCCACAAGGCGCUGCCUUGUAGCAACGAGACCGACGCUGCGAACGAUUUUGCCUUUGGCACCACUGGGAACGAGACCUCGUUGUCGCUUCCGUCGGUGCAGGCGAUGGGCGAGGCGCUGGUGGCAGACAAAGUCGAACUCGAGUCGAUUGUGGCUAUCAGGUCGUUUGAAACAGGAUCUGUAGCGCCGCUGCCCGGUUCAGGCGAUGGGGACGGCGACGCGGCGUACGCGGCGUACGCGCGGGCGCAGCAGCGUGAGUUGCGCCAGUUUGACGGUUCGCUCCGGCUGGAUCCGUCCUACCAGUCUCUACAGGAGCUUGCACUGGUCAAACCGUCACGGACCGGGGUCAUUGUGCCAAAGCACCCUGAUGCGUUCCGACGCAAUUAUCUUACCCAGAUCAAGCUGUUCCCGGACAGAGGCGCGGUCGCCGUCGGCACGCCCGAGAUGAGGUGA